AUGCACAUGUUAAGGUACUUGCAUGAAGUUUGCCUACCUUCUGUUGUACAUAGAAACAUAAAAUCAGCAAAUAUUUUACUUGAUGAAGAACUCAAUCCUCAUUUAUCAUACUGUGGUUUAGCUGCCCUCACUCCAAACGCGGAGCUAGAGGUGGCGACACAGUUGGUCGGCUCAUUUAGUUAUAGUGCUCCUGAAUUUGUGUUGUCCAGCAUAUACACUAUAAAAAGUGUUGUUUAUGGCUUUGGAGUGGUGAUGUUGGAGUUGUUGACUGAUCGGAAGCCACAGUACUCUACAAUUGUUAAAACUGUUAGACAUCCGCCAGAUGAAAAAAGAAAGAAAUUUGUCAAGUUUCAAGAAGCGACGAUAAAAGAUAUUGAACGGUGUUUUGGUGUUCUCCAACAAAGAUGA